AUGGAAGCAGUCACCGCGAAACGGAAUGUGCUUUUCGAAAAAGUGAAGCGCGAGCUCGAAACCGCGAAACGCGUCAAGUCGCAGGAGCCCUCACUUUGCGAGGUCAGGGAGCGCCUGGAACGGCUCCAGCAGCUGGGUAACAACUUCUUCGACGUCCAGGACGAGAUUGAAGACUCAACCCCGAAGGCAACCCUGCAAUCACUGAUCUCGGUCUUCGACUACCGGAAGGAGUUCGAGGAUCGCUACUACGAGGCGAAGUCGAUUUACGUCGAACUGGAUGAAGGAUCCGUUGCGAGCGAUGUCACGGACGUUCAGCCGGCGAAUAACAUCCAAUCUGCUCUGGCGGCGCUACUGCAAACACAAAGAGCGCUACUAUCGAACCAAGCGGCUCAAGCAGCCCAACUGAACCAGCUUCAGCAGGGCAGCCAGCAAGCGGCAGGCCAACCCUAUCCUGCACAACCCGACCCUUUCAUUGACGUGCGGCUUCCUCCAAUCGAGAUUCCUAAGUUCAGUGGCGACCGCAAAGCCUGGCGUUCCUUCAAGGAUCUCUACGUCAGCACCAUCCACAGCAAAGAGACGCUGCGGCCGUCGCAGAAGCUGAAAUACCUGAAGUCGUUCCUCGAAGGCGAUGCAAGCACCCACAUAAGUUCGUUCGACAUCUCGGACGCCAACUACCCGUUGGCGUGGGAAAAACUCCUCAAACGUUACGACCAGAAGAAGUACACCGUGUUUGCGCUGGUUAAGGAGUUCUUGGACCAGCCAAUCGUGUCAGACGCAAACUUCGCCGAUCUUCAAAAGCUAGUCACUACGUCAGACGAGGUAAUUCGACAGCUCGACACCCUUGGCGAGCAGUACCAGACACGAGACUCCUGGCUGAUCCAGCUUCUUCUGGAGAAGAUUGACGACGAGACACGAGCGCUCUGGGCGCAAAAGGUUGUCAACAUGGAUAACCCCACGUUCCCGGACUUCGUCAAGUUCCUGGAAGACAGAUGCGAUGCCCUCGAAACCUGCUCGUCAUUCUCCCGGCAAUGCACCGUAGAUGGAGAUGCAGCUAAGAAGAAGAUGAGCAAGCAGCCUCUCAAGCCCGCAGAGAAACCCAUCCAGAGCUACGUUGUGACCCCACAACACUGCCUCAAGUGUUACAAAGCACACAAUCUUUUCCAGUGCUGCGAAUUCAAGGCGAUCAGCGUUGCCGACCGACUGGAGUUAGUGCAGAAAUCCAAACUGUGCUUAAACUGCUUGAAGCCAUCGCACACGGUGAGAUCAUGUUCCUCGAAGCAAUUCUGCAAAAUUGAUGGAUGCAGACAGCGUCAUCACACACUUCUCUGUCAACACGACGAUAGCCCGGUAGCUACUGCAGCACUUCAAAUUCAACGGCAGUCGACGAUUCCGGUCCAGCAACCGGUCACGGAGACUCAACCACCGGAGGAUUCGAGUUUGAAGUCUGAUGCCACUGGUGGUCCACCCGCCAAGACCACGAUUCUUCCUACUGCCCUCAUCAAGCUUCGAGGUAAGCAUGGCAAAUUCCACACGGCCAGAGCAAUGAUCGACUCGUGCUCCGGUGCAUCGAUGAUCAGCGAAGCCUGUUUGGCGCGCCUCGGGAUCAACCGGAGCAACACUCGAUUCCCGGUCACCGGAGUGGCUGGAACGCAAGCUGGAACUACGCGAGGAACGACGCAGUUGGAGAUCGCGUCCCGUUUCAACAACGAUGUAAUUCUGAAGACGCAAGCGCACGUGCUCGAAGUGCUGGCACCCCCCACACUGUGCCGAAGCGUUAACUUCAAGCAGACGAAACUACUAGAAGGUCUUCCGCUGGCCGAUCCCGGUUUCAACCAAGCAGGACAAGUGGACGUCAUCCUUGGUGUCGAAUUAUUCUUGCCGAUGCUUCAAGCUGGACAGAUCGUAGACGGGGAUGGCUUGCCUGUUGCACAGAAGUCGUCGCUCGGCUGGCUCGUGGCUGGCAAGCUCGAAGAAGAAUCAAUGCUGCAAACUCAACUAACGUCCCUCUUCGUGCAGCUGAAUGUCAACGUCGAACUUCAGGGUGGAACUCAAAGUUCCGGAACACUGUCAACGAAUUGA